AUGACACAGCCAGAGUUAACCGCUGCGCCAGUUCUUUCUACAAACCCAGAGUACGAACCUGCCGCUGUCCAGGUAGAAACCAGCACCUUCUCACCCUCCGAAAUCCGCACGAUCUAUGAGACAGAUAGAACUGUAGAUUGGAUCCUAUCCAACAAUUACUCUCGGAUAACAUUACAAUUCCCGGACGACCUGCUUCGGGAUAGUACAGAAGUCGAAAAGACACUUCAAGAUGGACUCAAGAAGGGUAGAAAGGCGGAUUCGGUUGAAGAUGGGAUCGAUGGCUUAAAAGUCGAGGAUAACGAUACAAAGGAGGAGAAGAAGAUUUAUAUAUUGGCUGAUACUUCAUAUGGAUCCUGCUGUGUCGAUGAAGUCUCUGCUGAGCAUGCCGAAGCCGAUUGUAUCGUACACUACGGACGGGCGUGUCUUUCACCAACCAACCGUCUACCGGUCCUCCACAUCUUCACAACCUUACCUUUAGACCUCCAAGCCUUGAUAUCUUCCUUCAUCUCCACCUUCCCCGAUAAAUCCACGCCGGUGGUAUUAACAUCGUCACUUCCAUACUCCUCCCACAUUCCAACGAUAUACGAAACCCUCACGUCCGAGGGUUAUACAUCCAUCUUCGCCAGUUCAGUAAUCCACAAUCCGUCAUCUCCAAUUCCAAACCGAACAUGUCCUUCCACAGACCUCAUAUCCACCUACCAUAUCCUACAUAUAGACCAACCACUCACAUCCCUAAUCCUUACGUUAUCCACAUUAACAUCCUCCACAUCCUUACAAAUCUUCGACCCAAAGACAAAUAUCAUCUCCUCGAGCGCCUCUAACCGACUCUUACUCCGUCGAUAUGCCUUAUUAUCCCACAUCCGUGCAGCCGGUAUCUUUGGGAUCCUGAUUAAUACAUUAUCAUCGAAUAAUUACCUCUCAACGAUAAAGUCCCUACAAACCCUUCUGGCGAAACAUUAUAAAAAGAGUUAUCUCGUUACCGUCGGGAAGUUAAACGCCGCAAAACUUGCGAAUUUUGCGGAGGUGGAGGUGUGGAUCGUGAUAGGAUGCUGGGAGUCCGCUGUUGUCGAUGAGAGGCGGGAGAUGUGGAGGGUUGUGGUUACACCCUGGGAAGCUACUGUUGCUUUGGAUGGUGGGGAAGGGGUUGGUGUCGAUGGGUGGAGGGGGGAUUGGGAGGCCUUUAAGACGAAAAUAGAGGAUUAUCAGGCUUUACAAGCUGAAAAGGAGGAUGGGGAGAGUGGAGAUGGAGGAGAAGGAGGAAGCGAUGAUGAAAGCGAAGAGCCGGUGUUUGAUUUCAGAACUGGGCGAUAUAUAUCCACUGCGAAGCCUAUGAAGGUUGUUAGGACGAGCCUUAUUGAAGCUCCUUCUGGUUCGAAUGGGGAUAGUAGUAGCAGCACGGCUCUUACGACGACACAGAAGGAUAAGAGUCUGUCGGUUAUGAUUAAUAACCAGAUUUCACCUGCGGCAGAGUAUUUACAACAGAAGAGGGGGUGGAAGGGACUUGGUAGCGAUUUUGCAGAGGUGGAGUACGAUCAAGAUGGGAAUGAAGUGUGGAGGGGGGAUGAAGGUGCUGUAGUUGAAGAAGGAAGGAAAGGAGUAGCAAGAGGUUAUCACGUCCAUGAGGGCGAGACAAGGACAUAA